CACCACCCUCGUCGUCUUCCUCUUGACCAAUGCUAUUGUGGUGUUUCCGUUCCAUGUUACACUGCGCGUUCCCGCAUGGCCUCUCCGCCAAUCACGUCGAAUACUAGAACGCCAUCGGAUCGUCCACUGCGCUCAGGAUGCUGACCAAGGGGUGCACAGGAAGAGAAAAUCAUUGUUCUCAGAGUUCCGUCUCCCGGUCAACUUCGUCGUUGCACCUCUUGUUGCCGUCUUAUUUCUGCUGGCUACGCGCUCCAUAGGGAAGAAUGAGGUAAAACAUGGAAUUAUCGGGUCGGACAAUAUUCACCCCAUAGACAUCAUGGCGUUUUUCCUCGCCCUGGCCUACAUGGCGAUAUCCUUGGACUCUACCGGUCUCAUAGGUUUCCUGGCGCUGCUGGUCUUGAGGAAAUGUGGCGAGAUGGGCCGCCGUUUGUAUCUACUCCUUUACAUUUUCUUCUUCGGUUUGGGUACCCUCAUCGGCAACGAUCCCAUUAUCCUGAGUGGUACACCGUUUCUUGCAUACUUCACGCAUUUGGCUGCCAACAUCGACAAUCCGAAAGCGUGGAUAUUUGCGCAGUUUUGCGUCGCAAAUAUCUCGUCGGCGAUCCUGGUAUCUUCGAAUCCGACCAACCUGGUCUUGGCUGGUGCAUUCAAAAUCAAGUUUAUCACAUACACCGCCAACAUGAUUGUGCCCGUCCUGAUCACUGCGCUUGCACUGUUCCCUUGCCUGCUAUUUCUCGUCUUUCGAGGGAAGGGGCUCAUUCCACACCACAUCAGGAUCCACGACCCACAAAGCUCCGAAUCAAAAAAUGAACAAGCUCGCACCGCAAGGUCAUCUUCUCAAGAAGCUUUACCCCCCUAUACCGAAAUCAGUCAACCAGACAAAGAAAAAACAUCAGGAGGAUCGGUUACUCGCGAGGGCCUCUCUCUUGAAGAACUCCUCAAUCCCUCUCUGGAAACAUCUCGCGCUGUAUUUGGCAGCGUACUCAUCGCGAUUACUCUGGUCGUCUUGCUUGUCACCAAUGCGACCGGCGUUGCGCCGGGCGUGUAUGCCAUCACUGUGCCGGCAGCAUUUGUCAUGCUCUGUCGGGACGUCUUUCACGACUUGCGCCGUGCUCCGGAGACUGAGACAGCCUCGAGGGAUGGCUCGGUUAACGAAACAAAAGUGCAAUACCCGCCAUCUGCACAUAGAACGAAGGAUAAUGCUUCACUCAAGCCCGUUCUUGCUCCGGAGACUGGGCUACCCUCGAGCAACGAUUCCUUUGACCGCACGAAUGUGCAAUGCUCGCCUGCGCAUACGCUUGGGCACAACGCUUCACUCGAUGAGCCCGUCCUUUCUUCAAAGAACGGGCCACCCUCAAUCGAUGAAUCCUUUGACGAAACGACGGUCCAACGACCACCGCCUUCACAUUGCAAGGGAAAUGAACCUUCGCAGCAUGAGCCCAUCCUUGCGCCUCCUGCAGAUCAUUUCACCAUGAACGGGGACACGCAAUAUAGGAUAUUCGAGUCGCCUUGUCAUUCCGUUCACCAUGGUAGCUUGCAGACUCUACCCUCUCGACGCUCCCCACUAGCAUUAGAUGAGGACCGUGCUCUGAGCGACGUCCUCGGCGACAGAAGGCGUUACGUCUGCAAGAAAUUCCCCACCGUCUCGAAGGUCUUGCAGCAUCUCCCAUUCCCGAUGCUACCCUUCGCAUUCUGCAUGUUCAUCCUCGUGGAGGGUCUCGUGUCCAAGGGUUGGGUGGAGGUAUUUGCAAAAUGGUGGUCGGCAUGGGAAAGGAUGACGGGCGUGGUGGGAGCUAUCGCAAUGAUGGGCUUCGUGAGCGUCUGUUUGUGCAACUUCGCGGGGACCAACAUCGGGGCCACGAUCUUGCUAUCUAGAGUUUUGCAGGUAUGGCUUGAACAGCACUCUCCAUCUGACCGCAUGAAGUCCGCCGCGAUCUAUAGCCUUGCCCUGGGGGUCAACUAUGGCGCAUUCAGUGCAACUUUCAGCGCGUCUCUCGCUGGGUUGCUGUGGCGAGACAUCCUGCGCCGCAAAGACAUUCGUGUCCGCGCCAGGGACUUUGCGACAGUGAAUCUUCCUAUCAUUGCUAUCGCAAUGACUGUGGGAUGCGCCGUGCUUGUCGCCGAAGUUUGCAUUGUCAAAAGUGGUGAGGUUAAAUCUUCCUAAGCUCCGCGCACUCCUUGUACUAUAUUCCAAGCAUCACUCCGGAAUUGUGUCUAUUUUGCUACCGCCGCG